UACAAAACAUAGGUGCGACACGCACCUAUUAGCCAUCAACUUGCGGCCUCGUAUUGCCUCUUUACGAUCCAGCGGCGACUUUGCAUGUACGUGUACGUGCUUGUACAGCCGGCCGAUAGCUAGCUUGAUCUAGCUAGCUUCCAACGUGCGUGCGUCUCCUUGGCGAAACCACACGGCCGUCUAGUGCAACUAGCGGCUGCUGCGUACGUACGUGCACCGGCGGAAAGUACUCGUCCGGAGCGACGUCCGACACGUUCCUGUUGCCAUCAAUCCAGCGUCCAGUAUUCUCGCGUGCGUGCGUUGUGUCGGCGGCGUGUACGUAGGUCCAUGCAUGUACUAGUUACUAGCUAGCUACGUACGGGAGAAUCGAUCCAGCUGUGUGUGUGCCUGUUUAUUGCAUACGUGUGUAUCUCCAGGAAGAAGACAGCUUGUGCGUACGUGUGAGCGACGGCCGAAAGCACAGGUCGCCGAAUCGCGUUGUACAAAGUACGCCGGAAAGUACUCGGCGUACGGGACUGUGCCAACAAGGAGAAUGUCAGUCAAGGUCGAUAGCUGCACCCUACGAACCAACUGCCAGACCUGGAAAUGGGAUACUGCCAUAAGCCUAGGGAUUCAAGCCCAAGCCCCCAUCCCGCCCUGAUGUCCGCGCUCCAGCGGUACUCGGCCAAGGCACCCCGGACGGUUUGCUGCUUCCUAGUGCGACGCAAGGCAUGUUUUUCUACUUUUUUUAACUAACUUCCCAAAAUUUGUUUAAUAUCUUUAGCACUAAGUGUACAUUAUAUGCGCAGAUGCGUUUGAUAUUUCUCCUGGUUUCUAUUUUCUGCAAAUUAUAAGUUAGAAUGGAUAGCAUUUCAACUGUGCACGGAUGAUAGAAUACUAAAAUAGACAAAUAUGUAGAAGGCUUUUUCUUUACAGGAGUAACAGAAAGCAUUUCCGUAGUAUGUGGCUAAUUCCAACGAUGACCACACUACAAGCUCACAAAAAAAAUCAGCAAGCCUUAUCGUAAAGUGAAACUCAGCACUCGGUGCUUUACCAUGCCCAGUUCAUGAGAAUUACUACAAUGAGUCUGAUCUUUUUUUGAUAUAUGCCUAUUGUAUAUUAACUGGUUUUCACUUCAAUUAGCAUUUUGAUGGUAAAUGGUUUUCACUUGAUAGCAAGGGAAUGGUAACUGCAUACCAGCUAUAGACUCUGCAUGUCCGUGACGUGGUAAGAUCUCUUGACAGACUCGUGGGUGCUCUAUCAAAGUUAUCGUUUCUGAUCUUCGUUACAUGGAAGUAUGGAACAUCUUAAUCAUCACAGCACGCCCUUGACAACCAUCCAUGUCCGGCAGUUUUUUUGUGGCUCCAGUAACAGCGAGACUUAGUAUUCGCCACUCCCAGUACCCUGUACUCUUCUCCUCUCCUCCUCUUGUUUUUUGUUGCUUGACUCGAAUAUCCAGUCAACUCUUUCUUUUUCAAAGCCAACAUGUAUCAAUACAAGUUCGUCAUGGAGAUAAUGCAAUGGAAAACGACCUAUCAGGAAUUAAAUGGUUAAUGUAAUGGAUGGAAGGGAAGUUUGGAAUUCUCUUGGAGUACUAGAGGAUAUAUGUGUGGUGAAAUGGCAUGAAUGGUCUAAACAGUAAUAGAGCCAUGGAACAAUAUGAGCCAUACAACACGUAUGGCACAGGUUUUUGUGGCAGCUGGAAUUCCUGCCCAGGCACAUAACUUUCAAGACAAGCGCCGCCCCACUCCUCACCAGAGGUUAAAGCAAACAGCCAUUUUUAAUACUCCUGGCUUUCUCUUCUUCCAUCUUCAUAUGCAAUACAUCCCAUGGAUUUGCUUAAAUUUCUUGUGACGCCGCUGCUGCUAUCUCUUCUAACCUAUCAAACCUAUGUGGGCGCAGCAUCGGAUGAUGAAGAUUUCUCCAAACAAUGUUCAUCUCAGAGGUGCAGCAAACAUAGACCUGAGAUCCGGUUCCCGUUCCGGCUGUCAACUCAACCACCAUCAUGUGGCGCACCUGGCAUGCAGUUAUCAUGCUCCGGGGGUGACAUAAUCCUGGAUCACCCUGUUCUUGGCUCCUGCAAAGUGACCGAGAUCUAUUACAGACACCGUGUCAUCAACGUCACCCCGCUUGUGGAACCAGCGGCACAGUGCCCACUUCAGAAGCUCAUCUCAACAAAUUUAGCAACUGAUGUGUACGAACUACCUCCAUCACCAACGACCCUGGUACGUUGUUCAAGCGAAUUCAUACCUGCAGAUCCAUACAGUGUAGCUGGCCCAGCUGCUUGUCUCAGUAACAACGCAACCCAGUUCUGGUAUUUGGCGGCGUCAGCUUAUGCAUACAUAUAUGAUCUACCACGGGACUGUGAGGCCGUUUCUAGAGGCAUUCCAAUACCCUACAACUAUGAUAUAGAUGGCCCAGACAAAGGAAACAAGUUUGUCUUCAACAAAAAAGCGAGUACAGUCAUCAAUUUUGGUGAAACAACAUUCACUUGGCACCUCAGUAACCUUACCGAUGUCUGCCAACAGUGUGAACAUGAAGGUCGACACUGUGGAUUCAGUUCACGCAGCCGUCAAGCAUUCUGCCAGCCCCGUGGCACACAUGUCAUCCCAAUUGCAGCAGCAUCAUCUGUAGCUGCAUUUAUAGCUCUUUCAUUGGUGGUAGCCGCAACGCUCUACCUCUCCUUAAAGUCAAGGUAUAAUGAAGAGAUAAAUAAGAAGGUCGAAAUGUUUCUCAAGGCAUAUGGCACAUCGAAACCCACAAGGUACACUUUCCCCGAAGUUAGGAAGAUAGCAAGACGGUUCAAGGAUAAACUCGGCCAGGGUGGAUUUGGAAGUGUAUACAAAGGCGAGCUACAAAAUGGAGUUCCUGUGGCAGUCAAGAUGCUAGAGAGCUCUACAGGAGAGGGGGAGGAAUUCAUCAAUGAAGUUGCAACCAUUGGACUGAUCCACCAUGCAAAUAUCGUCCGUCUUUUGGGCUUUUGCUCCGAAGGAAUGAGACGGGCUCUUAUUUACGAAUUCAUGCCUAACGAGUCACUGGAGAAAUACAUAUUCCCACAUGUUUCCAAUAUUUCUCGACAACUCCUAUCACCAAAAAAAAUGCUAGAUAUUGCUUUAGGCAUUGCCCGAGGGAUGGAAUACCUGCACCAAGGCUGCAACCAGCGCAUCCUCCACUUUGACAUCAAGCCACAUAACAUCCUGCUGGACUACAACUUCAACCCAAAGAUCUCAGACUUUGGCCUUGCAAAGCUGUGUGCAAGGGACCAGAGCAUCAUUACCUUAACUGCAGCAAGAGGCACCAUGGGAUACAUCGCACCAGAGCUAUACUCUCGGAACUUUGGAGGGGUUUCGUACAAGUCAGAUGUGUACAGUUUCGGCAUGCUUGUGUUGGAAAUGGUCAGUGGAAAGAGGAACUCAGAUCCAAGUGUUGAGAACCAUGACGAGGUAUAUCUCCCGGAGUGGAUCUACGAGAGAGUAAUCAGUGGGCAUGAAUGUGAGCUCACUUCAGAAAUAACAGCAGAAGACAAAGAAAAGAUGAGGCAGCUGACUAUUGUGGCCCUGUGGUGUAUCCAGUGGAACCCGAAGAACCGGCCUUCAAUGACAAAGGUGGUAAACAUGUUAACCGGGAGGCUGCAGAAUCUACAGAUCCCACCUAAGCCGUUCAUCUCAUCUGGAAAUCAUCCUAUGCCCUAAAGCACGGAGAACAUGCUGCCAUGAUUUGGUACAUAUUGCAGACAUGCACUUAGUCCAUGUGCUGCACAGCAAUGCAUAGCACUAUAUAGCAUGCAGUAUAUUUCCACCUAUUCACUGUAUUAGCAGCACCUGAUUGUAUGAAAAAUCGUCCGUCCCGAUGCAAUUAAUAUUACUACUAGGUAUAUGCAAGAACAUUUGAGAACCACAUCGAACUUUAUUUGGAAACUGUAACAGUUCAAAAUAGAGUGAUCUGUUGGUUACCUUGGUCUGU